CUUGUGUCGUCACUCGGCCGCUUCAAAAGAGGGCACCAACCCCUGCGCUGCCGCGUAGUUAGUCGGGUGGCGGGUACUCGAGACUAGACGUAACCGAGGCCCGACCUUAAAGGGGAGGGAGCAGAGAGGGGGCACCUGAGCCCUUUAAAAGGAGGCGGGCUGGGGCCUGCCCCUUUAAGGGCGGGGCGACGGACGCCUGAAUUUGAGCCCUCGAUAACCCCGAGUUUCCGUCACAGGCAGCGAGGGGAGGCUCCUCGGCUGGGUCCGGGUGCUCGGCGGGCGGCGGUGGCGUCCUCUCCGCUCGUCCUCCCGGGCCCGGAGACACCCUCACCCCAGUCAUGCUGAGCAGAGUAUGGAAGCAGCUGACUACGAAGUGCUAUCUGUGCGAGAGCAGCUCUUCCACAACAGGGUCCGCGAGUGCAUCAUCUCAGCGCUUCUAUUUGCCACACUCUACAUCCUCUGCCAUAUCUUCCUGACCCGCUUCAAGAAGCCUGCUGAGUUCACUACAGUGGAUGAUGAAGAUGCCACUGUCAACAAGAUUGCGCUGGAGCUGUGCACCUUUACCCUGGCAGUUGCCCUGGGUGCUGUCUUACUCUUGCCCUUCUCCAUCAUCAGCAAUGAGGUGCUGCUUUCACUGCCACGGAACUACUACAUCCAGUGGCUCAAUGGCUCCCUCAUCCAUGGUCUCUGGAACCUCAUUUUUCUCUUCUCAAAUCUGUCCCUUAUCUUCCUUAUGCCCUUUGCGUAUUUCUUCACGGAGUCCGAGGGCUUCGCUGGCUCCAGAAAGGGUGUCCUGGGCCGGGUCUACGAGACGGUGGUGAUGUUGGUGCUCCUCACUCUGCUUGUGCUGGGCAUGGUGUGGGUAGCAUCAGCCAUUGUAGACAACAAGGCCAGCAGGGAGUCACUCUAUGACUUCUGGGAGUACUACCUCCCCUAUCUCUACUCCUGCAUCUCCUUCCUCGGAGUCCUGCUGCUCCUGGUGUGUACUCCACUAGGUCUUGCUCGCAUGUUCUCGGUCACUGGGAAGCUGCUGGUCAAGCCCCGGCUUCUAGAAGACCUAGAGGAACAGCUGAAUUGCUCAGCUUUUGAGGAGGCAGCUCUGACUCGCAGGAUCUGCAAUCCCGCCUCCUGCUGGCUGCCUUUAGACAUGGAGCUACUGCGCAGACAGGUUCUGGCUCUGCAGACACAGAGGGUCCUCUUGGAGAAGCGGUGGAAGGCUUCAGCCUGGCAGCGGAACCUGGGCUACCCUCUGGCCAUGCUGUGCUUGCUGGUGCUGACGGGCCUGUCUGUGCUCAUUGUGGCCAUCCAUAUUCUGGAGCUGCUCAUCGAUGAGACUGCCAUGCCAAGGGGCAUGCAGGAUGCCUCCCUGGGCCAGGUCUCCUUCUCCAUACUGGGAUCCUUUGGUGCCAUCAUCCAGGUUGUACUAAUCUUUUACCUGAUGGUGUCCUCUGUCGUGGGUUUCUACAGCUCUCCCCUCUUCCGAAGCUUGAGGCCUAGAUGGCACGACACAGCCAUGACACAGAUAAUAGGGAACUGUGUCUGUCUCCUGAUUCUGAGUUCAGCACUUCCUGUCUUCUCUAGAACCCUUGGGCUGACUCGCUUUGACCUGCUGGGUGACUUUGGACGCUUCAACUGGCUAGGCAAUUUUUACAUUGUGUUCCUCUACAAUGCAGCCUUUGCCGGCCUCACCACACUCUGUCUGGUGAAGACCUUUACCGCAGCUGUAAGGGCAGAGCUAAUCCGAGCCUUUGGGUUAGACAGACUACCACUGCCUGUCUCUGGUUUCCCCCGGGCAUCUAGGAAGAAUCAGCACCAGUGACCUCCAGCUGGGGGUUGGGAAGGAGAAAACUGGACACUGCCAUCUGCUGCCUAGGCCUGGAGGCGAGCCCUAGAAUGGUUGGACCUCAGGACUUGGAAUCUGAGAGGGUGGGUGGCAGAAGGGAGUUGAGCCAUCUGCACUGUUGUAUAAUCUGAGCCAGAGUUUGGGACCAGGCCUCCUGCUUUUUCAGUCUUCGCUGUGGCCUCAGCAUGGGGUGGAGCUGGGUGACUGGCUCUAGUUCCUGGUCCCAAAUACGUUUACACAUCAAUCUGCCUCAAUCCUGUUCCAGGCCAUGCCUGAAUCCAUGUUUACAUGAUUUGGUGUGCAAUAGGGUGGGGUGGGAAUGGGAGGGACUGGGCCAGGGGCAGGUCCAGGAGGCAGGUUUCUCCCUUGCCUCUGGCCCAGCAGAGCCUAAGAACUAUGUUAUCUUGGAGGGACUUUGGGUCACUGGUGAGACCAAAGGCACAGGGAGGAAGAGGCUGUACCCGUCAGCAAUAAAAUUGAUCCCAGGGUUUGCUUUGGUUUUUUAAAGAGCCUGUCUCUGUGCCUAUUUGACUCCAUACCUUGGAAAUUGGGGUAGAAGGGCAUGGGCGAAAGUGUAAGAUACCAUCUUCUACCUCCAGACCUUCGGCUGUGAAAGUAAAAGAAGUGACUGGCUGACAAUAGUUUUUGAUUCCUACCUGGGAGAAGAACCUAACAUCACUUUUGUAAGGGCUGUCAGUUCCCUGAAGUCCUGCUAUGCUGAGGGAAGGAACAAACUUUUUGUAGGUUUAUAGAGAUUGUACAUUGCAUUACUCAAAAGCCACCAUUUGUCUCAUAGUCACGUAUAAUUAACCUUUAAGAGUUUUUUUUUUUUAUUAUGUUUGUGGUGGGGAGCACCAAGGUGCAUAUGUGGAGGUCAAAGGACAGCUUGAAUGAAUCAGUUCUUUCCUACUGCUUGAGUCCUGGGUAUCAAACUCAAUAAAUGCCUUUACCCUAUGA